GCGACGAGUGCAGCCGUUGACGCAUCGGCCAUCCCAAUCUUUGCCACGGUUCGGGAAUACAGAGAAUGGAGGCAGAAGGCUUUCGAUGAGAAGAAAAGUGUUGGUUUUAUCCCCACCAUGGGAGCAUUGCACGACGGGCACUUGUCCCUCGUGAAGCGCUCACUUGCCGAAAAUGAUCUGACAGUUCUUUCGAUAUUUGUGAACCCUGCACAGUUCGCACCACAUGAGGACCUCGCGACAUAUCCUCGCACACUUCCGCACGACCUCAAGCUAUUGUCUGCGCUGUCUCAUCCGGUACCCAAUUCAUCCCGACCUCGCGCCCCAUCUGCAGUGUUUGUGCCGUCGGUCCCAGAGAUGUAUCCAUCUGGCAUCAGCCAAGACGUCGAAAAUCAGACCGGGACGUUCGUCGAGGUAAAAGGAUAUGGCGAGCAGAUGGAGGGUCAGAGCAGGCCCACGUUCUUUAGAGGUGUAGCGACGGUGGUCGCGAAGCUGUUCAACAUUAUACAGCCGACGAACGCGUACUUCGGCCAAAAAGACAUUCAGCAGGCCUUGCUUCUCCGCCGCCUCGUGACGGACCUGCACAUGUCAUAUCCGUCCCCGAGCCGCCUUCACAUUGUUCCGACCGCGCGGGAUCCCACGACAGGUCUGGCGCUCUCCUCCCGAAACGCCUAUCUGACGCCCGCGGAGCGAGAGAAGGCACCAGCGCUCUACGCUGCCCUACAAGCUGGGGCCCGCGCGUGGGGUGCCGGCGAAUCUAAAGCCGAUUGCGUGCAGCGCGCGAUCGAGGUCUUUUCUCGUGCAGGCUCAUUGCUGCCUGGAGACAAGCAGGGAAACGCUCGGGCGACGAAAGAAAAGGUGACUAUGAAGGUGGAUUACAUAGAAUUCAAUGACCCUUCUUCGUUUUCAGUCCUGCCCGAGGACGAAUCCCAGACUAAAAGGGGGAGGAGUCCAGUCAUCUUGAGCGGCGCAGUCUGGAUCGGUCGUACGCGGCUGAUCGACAAUCUCAUCUUGGGAGAC